AGUUAUUAGGCGGCGCGGGGCGGCCGGCAUGGAGCUCUUAGAGGCGCGGCAGGGCCCGGCGCUCGGCCGCACGGCAGCCGUGGCAGCCCCGAUUUCCUCCAGCCACCGCUCCUUGCUUCUUGUCCCUGGUCCCUAGACGCCUCUUCCCCGCGCGUGUCCCUGUCCCUAUGGAUUCAGUUGAGACCGAACAGAUGCUGAGCUUGCCCGCCGGGCUCAGGAGCAACUUAGAGCUGGCGGAGCCGGCGGAGCGGGUAGCAUCGGCGGCCCGUGUAGACACGGGCCCCCACCCGGAGAUGGCUACAGAGGGCCCCGCACCUCUACCGACGCGGGAGCCGGAGCAGGAUCAGUCUCCGAGGACCUCAACGCCGGAGUGCAAAGUCCUGCUUACGCAGGCCGACGCCUUGGCGUCCGGGGGGCGCCUCCGGGAAGCCCUCGAGGUGUACAGACAGCUCUCGGAGCGGCAGCAGUUGGUGGCCGAGCAGCUGGAGCAGCUGGUGCGCUGCCUGGCGGAGAACGUCUCGCAAGGCGAGGCGUCGGCGCCAGCGCCCCCGGACGGGGGCAGCGGUGCAAGCUCCGUAGUGGCGGUGGAGGAGACAGGGGCAGCAGCGGUCGCGGCCACCGAGGUGUGGGACGGCUUUAAGUGUCGGAAGUGUCAUGGAUUUCUUUCAGACCCCGUGUCCUUGUCGUGCGGCCACACCUUUUGUAAACUGUGCCUAGAACGUGGGCGGGCAGCCGACCGGCGCUGUGCGCUGUGCGGAGUCAAGCUUUCCGCGUUGAUGGUGGCCACUGGGCGGGCGCGCGGGUCCCGGCGGGCUGGGCAGCAGGCGCCGCCGCCGCUGCGGGUCAACGUGGUGCUCAGCGGCCUCCUCGGCAAGUUGUUCCCCGGUCCGGCGCGGGCGUCGCAACUCCGGCACGAGGGCAACCGGCUGUACCGCGAGCGCCAGGUGGAGGCGGCGCUGCUCAAGUACAACGAGGCAGUCAGGCUGGCUCCGAAUGACCACUUGCUUUAUAGUAACCGGUCUCAAAUUUAUUUCACCUUGGAAUCUCAUGAGGACGCACUACAUGAUGCAGAAAUAGCAUGUAAGCUCCGCCCAAUGGGUUUUAAGGCACACUUUAGAAAAGCCCAAGCGUUAGCCACCCUAGGCAAGGUGGAGGAAGCACUAAGAGAGUUUCUCUAUUGUGUGUCCCUCGAUGGAAAGAACAAGAGAGCAAGAUCUGAAGCCCAGAGGGAAAAUCAGGAGCUCCCACAUUGUUCUAGUCAGGAGGAAGCAGCAGCCAGGGGAGAUGGCGGCAGCCUGCUGGACCCAGCUAAAGUAAAGGUGGAUGGGCCACAAGACAACAUGAAAACCCAGGAAGGAGAGGAGGAGAAGCAGGAUGCUACCUCUCCAGAAGCUGCUUCCAUCAAGACUGGCAAAUGCCAGGAAAAGAAAAGGAAACAUUGCCAAACUGAACCACAAGAAGACAUGGAGGUGCCUAAUAAAUCCUCCAAGCAAGAUCCUCCUGCUGAUCCGGGGGCCAAACCAGUUCUUAGUAUUCCACUUGCAUCUUUUGACGCAUCUGACCUUGAAUGCUCCCUGUGUAUGAGAUUAUUCUAUGAGCCAGUUACAACACCUUGUGGACAUACCUUUUGCUUAAAAUGCCUUGAAAGAUGCCUAGAUCACAACGCAAAGUGUCCACUGUGCAAAGAUGGUCUUUCACAGUGCUUGGCAUCAAGAAAAUACAGCAAAAAUGUAAUAAUGGAAGAGCUAAUAGCUAAGUUCCUUCCAGAAGAACUCAAGGAACGAAGGAGGCUUUAUGAAGAGGAAAUGGAAGAACUUUCUAACUUAAAUAAGAAUGUGCCUAUUUUCGUGUGUACUAUGGCCUAUCCCACUGUUCCUUGUCCCCUGCACAUCUUUGAGCCUUGUUACCGCCUGAUGAUUCGUAGAUGCAUUGAGACAGGAACGAGACAGUUUGGCAUGUGCCUUGGAGAUCCUGUUAAAGGGUUUGCGGAAUAUGGCUGCAUCCUGGAGAUCAGAAAUGUUCAAUUCUUUGCCGACGGCCGCUCAGUGGUUGAUAGCAUAGGCAAGAGGCGCUUCAAGGUGCUCCAUCAGGGCCAGCGAGAUGGCUACAAUACAGCUGACAUUGAAUACAUCGAAGACCAAAAGGUUCAGGGAGAGGAUUGUGCUGAGCUCAUGGGAUUACAUAACUGUGUCUAUGAGCAAGCAUCCUCAUGGUUUCAUUCGCUCAAAUCAUCCCUGAAGAAUCGGAUACUCAAUCACUUUGGUCCAAUGCCAGAGAAAGAUGCUGAUCCCCAGAUUAAUCCAAACGGCCCAGCCUGGUGCUGGUGGACAUUAGCAGUUCUUCCCUUGGAAAGCCGAGCUCAGCUCCCGUUCCUAGCAAUGAGGUCCUUAAAGGAUAGACUGAAUGGUAUUCGGCGAGUCCUGGCCUUUAUAUCCCGAAAUCAAAACUAGUGAGAGUGGAUUGGUGAAAGGAGCUCCCACCCUCCCCACUACCCUGUGGGGGAGUCUUCUUGUAAAUACAUCUAAUUGCAAUAACAUCUUAACAGAAGAGGGUAUCAAACAGAGGCAUUAGCCUGCUGUUGAUCACAGAGAGAAAUUGAGUAGAAAGACCAAAAGAAUGUGACCUGUUUGAAACUUUCUGUCUUAAGAUGCUUGACAUGCUGCACAACUACAUAAACAGCAGAGGUGUUUAAGAGCCCAGAAAAAAAUUUUUGAUUUUAUCAUAAAAUGUUCUGAAGGUUU